AGCCUGGCCCCGACGCCAGCGCCCUGGCCCGUGCAGCCCCCGGGGAUGGCGGCGGGGCGCCUCGGGGCGCUGUACGCGGAGUGGCGCGAGCGGCGGGCGGCCCAGGGCGGCGCGGCGUGGGAGCCCGAGCUGGUGUCUGCAGACGACGGCCCGCCGCCGUCGCUGGCGUUGCGCCUGCCAGGCUUUUGGGCGCGGCUCCACGCGGAGGGGCUGCAGGACGACGGCUCGGCGAGCAUGUUCGUGGAGGGACCAGACGACGCCAGCGACCAGGUGGAGGAGUGGCUCACGGACGUCAACACGAACCUGGCGGACCGCGUGGCGCCCCUCGCCGCGGCGCUGAGCCUCAUGGUCAGCACCUUCCCCCCCCGGGCGGGCGGCGGCGGCCACAGCGGGGGAGGGGAUGCCAGCGUGGACGAUUCCGAGGAGGACCCCGAGCUCGACGCGGAGGAGGAGGAGGCGGAUGACGACCUCGAGGCCGCCCGCCUCGGGGUCGACUUCCCCUCCUGGUGCCGCGACUGGGGGCUGCCAGUGGUGGGGCUCGAGGCGCUCCGAGCGCGCUUCCACGCGCCCUGCCGCCCAGAGGGGGAGCAGCCGUCGGCGGAGGCGCCGCUGCUCGCGCAGGCGGCCGCCGCCAGGGCGCCGCUGGCGGCCAGGGGCGUGCGGCUCCGCUGCGAGCCGGAGUUGGGCCUGGUGCAGCUGUCCGCCGGCCCCGUGGCGGGGCUCGGGCUGGGCGAGGCGCUGGCCGUGCAGGUCGGCCUCGACGCGGAGCUGCCGGUGGUGCUGUCGCUGGUGCUCUCGGACAGUGCGCUGGGGUCGGGGGCGGCCGGGGGCGCUGGCGGUCCAGUGGCGGUGGCAUGCUUCACGCAGCCGCCCCGCCAGGGCAGCUCCUUCGCGCUCGGGGACCUCCUGCCGCGCUACGUGGAGGCGUUCUGCCGCCAGCGGUCCCCGCCGCCACGGCAGGAGGCUCCUGCCUGGCUGGAGGGCGAUGGGCAAGCCGCUGGCCCCAACUUCUUCCUGGACCUGUGGUGCGGACUCUCGAGUUUUGCGAGGAGGCUGCCUGGCUACUGCCCAGUCUGCCUGGCACCGCACAGCGAGGACAGCACGGCCGAGUGGUGCCGCCCCUGCGCCAAGGAGCUUUGCACCUUCCGCUUCGAGGAGCUCUUCUCGUCGGUGCGCGGGGAGCUCGUGCGCAGCAGGGCUGUGGUGGAGCUGCACAUCGCCCUGGCCUCCGCGGCGGCCAUGGCCACCGGGGACAGCUUCGAGCCGUUCCCUCCGUGCUUCCUGCGGCACAGGGAGGUCCGAGCCCGCUCCGGCGCCUUCGAGGACGACGGGCAGACCGGGAGCACGCAGAACAAGGACAUGCUGUCCCUGCGCAGCGCCCUGUCCCGGGUCCCGGCAGUGGAGCGGCUCGCGCUCCAGGGCUCCGAGGAGGGGGUGCGCGCCCUGCUGAGGGGCGCUGGCACCGCCGAGGACGGCGACACGACGUACAAGCUCCUGCAGUUCGUCCUGGGCAGCUGCCGACUGGUGCUGGAGAAGCUGGAGUCGGAGGAGCACCGCCUGCCCCUGCCCCGCGACGCCAGCGCCGUCAUGCAGUUCGCCGUGCUCCAUGGGCCACCGGGGCCGGAGGCCGUGCUGCGGGCUCGGAAAGCGGCCCACGGGUCUGGCUUCGCCUUCCACGGCAGCCCGUUGCCCAGCUGGUACUCGAUCGUGCGCAAUGGCCUCCGAAACCUCAGCGGCACCGAGUUCCAGAACAACGGCGCCGCUUAUGGGCCCGGCGUGUACCUCGCGGAUCAGCUGGACGUGUCCGAGUUCUACUGCAACGGCUUCUCGGGCCACGGUUACUUCCCGUGCAGCUUCGGCGAGAAGGUGCAGGUCGUCGGUGUGUUCGAGUACGUGAAAGACCCGUCCUGCUGGAGGCAGAACCGCUGGCAGCGCGGGGGCAUCACGGUCGUCUCAGACCCUUCGGCGCUGAUGCUCCGCUACAUCCUGGUGCGCACGCGCACUGACGAGCCCACCCCCGUAGACAUCUGAGCGGGCGGAAGGCGACAUAA